AUGACAAGUCUACAAAGGGGCCUAAGUCCAAAGGCCCAUCUGCUCCUGAAUUGUCAAGGCGCGGGAGCCGACUUGACGAAAGAUCACCUUGAAGAGCUCCACAAAUGUUUUUUCCCUCGAUUUUUAUUUUUAUCAGAAACUAAGAACAAUCGGAUAUUUAUGCAAGAUAUGCAAAUGUAUUUUGGCUAUGACCAUGUCUGUACCGUUGAACCGAGAGGUCUAAGCGGCGGUCUAGCCCUUUUUUAUAUGGAUGAACCUUCGGUUUUUAUUACUUUUUCAGAUGAGCACUUGAUUGAUAUAGAAACAACUCUAGACGGACAUAAAAUUUUUAUGACUUUCGUCUACGGAGAUCCGGUCGUAAAAAACCGAGACAGUGUCUGGGAACGACUUACAAGAAUGAGCAUCCACAGAAAAGACGCAUGGUUCAUGAUUGGCGAUUUCAACGAGAUUACUGGAAACCAUGAAAAACGUGGAGGCAGGAGGAGACCGGAAUACUCAUUCAUUCCCUUUCGAACCAUGCUAGACCACUGCGGAAUGCUAGAUUUCCCAUAUAAAGGGAACUCUUUUUCAUGGGUCGGAAGGAGACGGUCGGGCAAAGUCAAAUGUCGGCUCGAUCGAGCUGUAGGGAACGGAGUAUGGCAAUCCACCUUUUCCCACACUAUUGUGGAGUACCUUAGAUUAUGGGGGUCGGACCACCGGCCAGUGCUGGCUAUGAUACAGGUGGACAACCGAAGGAGUAAUAAGUCAUUUAGAUUCGACAAAAGAUGGCUGGGGAAACCUGGAUUUAAAGAAGCGGUAACCUCCGGCUGGGGCUCUUUUGAUGGCGUCUCACGUCGAGAUUUUCAUCAAAAGGUAGCAAACUGCCGUAAGAGUAUCUCCACAUGGAAGAAGUCCCUACCAACUAAUUCAGAAAAAAUGAUAGACGCCCUUAAAGACCAGCUAGACGCAGCACAGGAUGACGAAAGUACAUCUUUUGAAGAGAUAGAGGAGAUCAGGAGAAAACUCAGUGCCGCUCUUCGUGAGGAAGAAAUGUUUUGGAAACAGAAGAAACCAGAUUCGGCACUCCGGUAUAUUACCGAGAAAGUAACAGAAUCAUCCAAUCAAUUUCUGCUAAAGGAGCCCUCAGAGGCAGAAAUUAAAAAAGCACUUUUCGAUAUCAAUCCGGAUAAAGCGCCCGGCCCGGAUGGAAUGACAUGUAAAUUUUAUCAAAAAUUCUGGCAGGAGUUCCGCCAUGAUAUAGUGAAUUUAGUCACCGAAUUUUUUACAUCGGGGUCCUUUGAUCCUAGACUUAACCAAACAAACAUAUGCCUUAUCCCUAAGAAAGAUAAGCCCAGAGCAAUGGUAGAAUUUCGGCCAAUAAGUCUGUGUAACGUAAGCUAUAAGAUCAUUUCGAAGCUUAUGUGUAACAGAUUAAAAAGGGUUCUACCUAACUUGAUCUCGGAAACCCAAUCGGCCUUUAUGGCUAGACGCCUUAUUACAGACAACAUUCUGUUGGCCCAAGAAAACUUUCAUGCCUUAAGAACCAACCCAGUGUGUAGAGAAAGUUUCAUGGCCAUCAAGACAGAUAUGAGUAAAGCAUAUGAUAGAGUAGAAUGGAGCUUCCUUGAAGCCCUUAUGAUCAAGCUAGGAUUCUCGGAAAGAUGGGUUAAAUUAUUGAUGUUCUGCAUCUCUUCAGUCUCCUACCAAGUCCUUUUAAAUGGAGAACCGAGGGGUAAAAUCACCCCAUCUAGAGGUUUACGUAUAGGAGACCCUCUCUCUCCUUUUCUCUUUAUCCUGUGCACAGAGGCCCUUAUCUCACUCCUCAAGGGAGCAGAAGAAGAAAAGCGUAUAUCUGGGCUAAAAGUAGCCCAAGCAAGUCCACCAGUUUCACACCUCCUCUUCGCUGACGAUAGCUUGUUCUUCUGUAAAGCGGAGCUUCAGCAGGGAGCUGAGAUUUUCAGGAUCCUUAACACAUAUGGGUCAGCCUCGGGACAACAGCUUAACCUGGGUAAAUCCUCCAUCAUGUUCGGGAAUCGAGUGGAUCCAAACUUAAAACAAGGUAUCAGGAAUGCCAUUGGCAUUACUUCGGAGGGGGAAUGGGUAUGGGUAACGGACAAAUUACGUAGUGCCAUUGCUAAUUUUUGGUGGAGCUCAAAACCAAAUAACGGUGGGAUACAUUGGAUUGCCUGGGACAAAAUCUGCAUCCCCAAAGAAAUGGGAGGUCUUGGAUUUAGAGAUUUACAAGAUUUUAAUUUGGCCCUUCUAGCUAAACAGCUAUGGCGACUUAUUUUAUAUCCCUCAUCUCUCUUGGCACGGGUUCUAAGAGGCAGGUACUAUAGACAAUCAGACCCUUUAGAGGACCGGAAUGUUUACUCUCCAUCAUACGGAUGGCGCAGUAUUAUGGCCGCAAAACCAUUCUUAAAAAUGGGACUUAGAAAGACGAUAGGAUUGGGCCUAAACACGAGAGUGUGGAGUGAACCAUGGAUCCCUGAUACCAGAGCUCGGCCGGCAAUUGCCGUCCCAAUCAUGAGAUAUCGAGACCCGGGAUUGUUGGUUUACUCUUUUAUCCGGCAAGAUACGAAACAAUGGGAUAUCCACCUUCUACGACAAUUCUUCCAACCGGAGGAUGUGUCUCUCAUCCUUGGGUUGAGACCUAGCCAAACUCGAACUUUGGAUGGAUAUGCAUGGAACCACUCGAAGUCAGGACUCUAUUCAGUCAAGUCUGGAUAUGACCUGAUCAGAAGAACGAGAUUAGCUCAAGAAGACGGAACAGUCUUAGAACCGAGCAUUACGGCCCUCAAAAGACAAGUAUGGAAAGUCCGUACCCCUGGGAAGAUGAAGCAUUUUAUGUGGCAAACUUUAUCAGGGUGCAUUGCUACAUGCCAGAACCUCACUUAUCGCCACUUGGGCUCGGACAGGAGUUGCCCCCGCUGUGGGGACCCCGAAGAGUCUAUCAACCAUCUUUUAUUUCUAUGUCUCCCGGCUUUACAAGUCUGGGCGUUAUCGGACUUCCCGUCCCUUCCGGGCUUCUUCCUGAGUACCUCUAUUUAUCAAAAUAUGAGCUUUCUCCUUUUGGAAACAAAGGAGAUAGGCAUGACAGAUCCACAAAAAGAUGUCUAUCCUUGGAUCCUAUGGUAUAUUUGGAAGGCACGAAACGAUAAAAUCUUCAAGGGGAGAGAAAUCUCCCCGGAAUAUACUUUGAUCCACGCAAAGGUGGAAGCGGAAAGCUGGAGAAUCGCAAAUCAAUCAGAGGAAGACGAGGAAGUAGUUCAGGAACACUUCGUGCCUCUUCCCCCCUUGACACCUACACCCGGGGUUCUGCGGACUCUAUUUUGCCGGAUCGACGCCUCGUGGAUUGAUCACGGACCGGUCAGCGGCUUCGGAUGGACCUUGGAAGACGGAAGAGGUGGAGAAUUUUUCGGUCAACAAGGAUGCCCCAGAAGCCUCUCCGCUCUUCAUGCAGAGAUGAAUUGCUUACUAUGGGCGAUGUCAUGCUUGAGAGAAAGACAGAUUACUUCGGUUCUCUUUCAGACUGAUUGUUUAGACCUUGUAAGCAUGUCAGAAUCUCCGGCGGAUUGGCCAAUCUUCAGGUCGGAGCUGGAAAUCUUCGGAAACCUUCGUGGAAGCUUUUCGGAAUUUGCUUUAUCUCACAUCCCUAGAUCUCAAAACAUCCGGGCGGAUAGUCUUGCUAAAGGAGCCCGAGUUAGAAGCAUCAUUUUCUCCCAUAUCCAUCAUACCGAGCUAGUCGAAGAGGUUCCUCGGAGCCUUACUCCGGCUGGCCACACGUGA